AUGCCCACAAGCGUGCUGGAUUACUUCCCCGAUGCAAAAGGUGAUGGUCUACGUGUGACAUGGGCUCGUGGUAUAAACAACAAGGCACGCUUGGCGAAUGCCAUCAGAAGUCCGGCCCACCUGGUGGAGGGGGAGGUGACCAUGUCGUGCAACAGCAGGUAUCCGGUUCCGGUGCUGAGCCAGGGCGUAGGAGGCAGCGACCUGACCCUGGAGGAAUGGCUGGGGGAGGUGCUCCGCUACAACAGCAAGGGCGUCCAGUUGAAUUUCCAGUCCACGGAGGUGGUCGAACCGGCCUGCAGGGUGCUCGCCAGGGUCGCCGACCAUCUACGUGGUCCAAUCAUCCUGAACGCCGAUAUCCAGCUGGGUCCUCACAGCUCUUCAGCGGUGCCUGUGGAUGCCUGGACUUUCCUGACCCUCUGCCGGACUCGUUUCCCCAGAUCCAUCAUAUCCAUCGGUUGGACGACAGAUAUCCUGCCGGCAACUUACCUCAAAAUCGGAUACACUCGCGAUUACGUAGAUCGUAUGGUGGCCCUGGUCAAGGAGUAUACUCUCAUGCAGCCCGUCAUGUUCCCAGUGCACGCCUCGCUGCUCAAGUACUCCAUUCCUGAGAUGCAGCGGCUGCUUUUCCAAGUUCCUAACAGUUCGCUGUGCGUCUGGUCCACCAAGGCGAAUCCCAUCGAGUCCAUAGACGAACUGCUGGCCAUCAGGAAGUCCUUCAACAUUGGACAGGUCUUCUACAAGCUGCCGGACGAGCAACUAGAGUGCUUCUUCUCCAAUACCUAA